AUGGAACACAUGGAACACCUGCUACGUCGUCGCCGAGGACUAAGAAGCGCAUUGUCUUGCACAGUCAAUGAAGCCACAGAGAAGCUCACUGGUGUCGAUCUAGCGGAAGAGGACAUAGAAGUGCUCGUUGCUCGAGUAAAGAAGCAGAUGGACAAUUUGGAGCGAGUGGAUGCGGAGUUGGAACCUUUGUGGUCAGAAGAGGAAGUUGAGGAAGAACAAAAAGAAAGCUUCGAAUAUAUUGACCGAGCGACAGCUUUGCUGGCACGGCUACAGUUCAGGCUAGAACGAAUUAGCCCGACAAGGAGUUCGACAAGAAGCUCACAAGGACCUAUUCCAGAAGCGAGACAGGCUGAUGACGUUGGAAAUGCGAACGUUCGAGUCAGGUUGCCCAAGCUGGAGAUUAUAAAGUUCAACGGCCAGCGCAAGAAUUGGAUGAUGUUCUGGGAGCAGUUCCAACAAGUUGCCCACGACAACCGGAAGCUCAGUACGUGCGACAAGUUCAAUUAUUUACGAGCAGCAAUGACCGGUGAAGCGGCGUCAGCCAUUGCUGGGCUACCGCCAACGGACCGAUGCUAUAAUGAUGCUGUGGACAUCCUCAAGGGACGUUUUGGCGAUGAGUCGCUUCAGAUAGAGGACCACAUGGGCAGGCUCAUGAGUCUCCAGCCCGUGAAGACAGCCCAGGAUACGAAAGGACUACGGAAGCUUCAUGACGAUAUCUCAUCGCACAUGAGAGCGCUGAAAGCACUGGCCGUAGCCGAGGAGUCCUUUGCGUCGAUGCUGUAUUCACUCAUGAUACGGCUUGUACCACAAGGAAUAGUCAUCAACUUCAAUCGAAAGACGUUGGAGGCUCAAGAGGAGACAUCUACAAACAGUAACAAUCAGGCAGUUAGUGCCGGAGACACUUCAGUAGGUCCCGACAAGCAACACGUGACGAAGGUGACUGAAUUCAUGAAGUUCCUCCGAGUGGAGGUAGAGAGCAGGGAGAGAUUGAAUGCCCAUGAAGAAAAGCCUUCGUCAGGGUAUAAGCAGAAGGACAACGAAGCUAAGACCCAGCACACAAGGAAAUUCAGAAGACCGUCAUCGGCCUCAGCGCUACUUCAUACGUCAGAUGAUAGUCCAGAAUGCUUCUUCUCUAAAGCGCGGGAGCAUGUGACUGCAGAAUGCAACGCGACGAUUCCAAAUGAAGAGAAGCUGCGUCAACUGCAAGAAGCAGGACGAUGCUUCAGAUGCACUUUGCCAAAUCACGUGUCAAGAAGGUGUUGGCGGAAGGUCAAAUGCGGGAAAUGUCAGAAGAGACACGUUUCGUCAGUGUGCAAGUUUGGAAGUCAGGAUUCUCCCAGCAAGGGCAAGUUGACCGGCGGGACGGCGCAGCUAAGCUUGGAGUUGGUGGAAGAGUCAAGGCGGCCAACAACCGUGCUGCAGACAGUCGUCGCCUGGUGCAAAGGAGAAGUGGGAGCGGACAAGUGCAAAGUUAUGUUUGACACAGGAAGCCAGAGGUUGUUUGUGACACUACAAACUGCUCAGAGGUUGAAAUGCAAGACAGUUGGUCACGAAGCAUUGAAAGUUGGCGUGUUCGGAGGACGACAAGAAGAGAGGACGUUUCGGCGAGUAUCCCUCAAGCUUCAGAGAAGAGUUUUGAGACUGGGAAGCAGCUUACGGGCAGUGGAAACAAGACUCGGAUGGACAGUUCAUGGAGUGUGCCCAGAAAGUGGAAUAAUCAAGCACUGUAAUCAAGCUCUGGCGUUACGGAUAGCAGUGGAUGAAUUAGAAACAGAUACGACGUUGAAGAAGUUUUGGCAGCUGGAAUCCAUUGGAGUGACACCUGACGCCGACGAUGAAAGGGACAACACAGUGCUACGUCAGUUCUCAGAAACUGUGAAACUGAAGGAAGGGCGUUACGAAGUAGCGCUCCCGUUCAAGUCUACAGUGGACUUGGGAAGUAACAAAGAAGUAGCUCUGAAGAGGCUUAAUCAGUUGACUAGAAGACUCACUCGUAAUCAAGAGCUCUUGAAGAGGUACGACGAAACUAUACGAAUGUACAGUGAUGAGGGCAUGGCCGAGAGAGUAUACAGUGACGAGGAAGACGUCGUGUACUACAUGCCACAUCAGGCGGUUCUCAGAGACUCGAGCACCACAACAAAACUUCGGGUGGUAUUCGACUGUUCGUCAAGCUGCGUCACUGCCAAAUCGCUCAAUCAGUGUUUAGAAGCAGGACCGAAUCUAAAUCCGGAUGUUGUGGAAUUGUUAAUGAAUUUCCGGAUAAAGAAAAUCGCCCUGGAGGCCGACGUACAAAAAGCCUUUUAA